UUCAUAAAAAAAUCUCAAGGUAGCUAUUCCAGUAUUCCAUAAUGGAUAAGCUAACAAUAAUAUCAGGAGUUUUAUUUGUCACUGCUGAAGUUUUUGCUGUUGCAAGUCUUGGACACCCAGAUUGGAUUAAUACAGGUGGACGGGCUGGUGAUAUUACGUUGGGUCUAACAAUGCAAUGUCAAACGAUUUAUGGCAGAAAGCAAUCUUGUUUUGCUCCAGAUUUACCACCAGAAUGGCUCGGGACUCGACUGUUUUUAGUAGCCGGAAUUGUCUGUUUGGGGAUAACAUGUUUACUUGUUGUAUCUUCACAUUGGAAGCGUGAUAGACUAAUUUAUGCAAGAUGGAUGGCGUUUAUAGCAAUUGGAUGUUUAUCAUAUGUUGGAAUGUUAUUUCCGAUUGGGUUUCGACAAGUUACUGUUGGAGGUGAAGCUUUCAAAUUGCCAGAAUUAUGGAGACUUGGGGAUUCUUAUAAAUUGCUUUGGGUGUUUUCUAUUAUCUUGUCAUGUUCCGGUUGGGGCAUGUUGAUGAUGCCAAUGAGAUUAUGGAUGAUGAAUCGGAAUUGAUAAAUAUCAUGAAUUGUCAUAAAAAAUGAUUAAAUUAGUUCUUUGGUUUGUGAUAUGUGAAUGAUUUUUACUGAAUAUUCUAUUUUAAAUCAUGCGACGUGAUACAAAUGGCCACACCUAUUUCUAUCUACAUUUCCUUGUGGAUGAAAUUUCAUCAAUCAUAUUUCUCCAUGAAAGUAAGCUCAAGGCACUGUGAGUAGCAACUGAGUGAGCAACCUCCUAUGACAUAUUUUAUAUGAUUUAAUGCCGUCGGACUCCUAAAAUAUAUAUUCCUAACUCAUCAUUGGCUCUCUCCGAUUGGAAGAAGAUUGGACUAUUUUGUUUUCUUAUUAUUGAUGGUAUCACACUAUGGCAAGCCCCAACCCACCGAGGCCUAUCCACCUUCACAUGCUUGACUUGAAAUUAUCCUUGCCUAAUUAAACUGCUUUUUUCAAGGUCUGCCAUUCUAUACAGUUUAAAUGUCCUGAUUUUGAUAUUAUUAUGCUUUUAUACAUUUAUAUUGUUUUUGUAUGUUUUGGUAUUGACUACCAGGUUUUUGUUUAUUUUUUCUAUUAUUAACAACGAAUUGUAAAUCAUAAGUUACAUUCGCAGUAUUUUUUUCAACAAUAUUCAGUUUCUUAUGUAGUCCUAUAUACUAGCAGUGUUUGUAUUAUUUCUGUUUGAAAAAUCUUGUCUAUAUUCAACAUCAUCUCAGUAUAAGAUUCAUAAAGGUGCCCCUAUUUAAAUCUUACAAUAUGUAGAUGUUUCUGCCAUGCAUUCUAUUUGCAUAAUAAUAAAUCAGAUUUGUGCACCCUAAAUGCGCAUAAUAUACAGAAUUGUUGUCCGAAUUUUGUUUUAAUUACUGUAUUACUGUGCUCAUAUUCCAAGUCAUCUCAAAUACUUGAUUUGUCCAUAAAUAUGUUUUAGGUCAUAAAAAUGUUUUUUCACAUCAUUUCUUUAUCUCGAAUGAAAAUAUUUUUGUUUUAUGUCACAAUAUCCUGACACAGUAACUUCUAGUAGUAUGCACAUAUCCAAUAUAAUCAUUAAUUGCAUUUUAUGUUUUUCAACGUCCGUUGUAUUUUUAAUAG